UUCUUUUCUUCAACUUUUCGGUAGAAAGGAUUUAGGUUUCAUCUCUUGCUUUUUGGCGUAGGAAACAAAUUAAAUAAGUUUUUUUUUUUUUUCAAAAAAAAAAUUCUGGUGUACUUGGAAACAAAUUACUAAAUAAAGAAAUUUUAAAAAAAAAUUAAAAAAGAAAAUUCCCAGAAUAAUCGACAUAAUUCAGUACACACCAGCCCUCAAGAAUUCAGUAUUUUGACGGCACCCAUUAACGCGUCGUCCGCCCUCCGCCAAAAAAAAAAAAAAAAAAAAAAAAGGUGCUGUCGGUUCUGGAUCUGCACAUUCCCCACCUCCACCUCCAAACCCUCCUCAGAUCCAUUUCCAUACCCAAUUUCAUCUUCAUCUCCUUCCCCUUUUCAAGACAUUUCCGCCUGUAGAAAGCCAUGGAUUCUGACCAACGCCGCAAGCGGAAGCGUUUCUACAGACCCUAUUCACGCUUACAGUUUUUUUCACGAAGGUCGCUCAUUCUUUGCCUGUGUUUCUUUGUGUUUUUAAUGUUCCUGUCAUCUGAUAGAUUUCCGAUUCGCUCCACGUCCGUCCGGCGGCCGGUUCUCAGAGUUCCGAGGUUGUCACUCUCGUCCAUGACUUCCUUUCACUAUCCUAAUAAUCGGAGAUUGUCAAGGCCAUUGAAGGUAGAAAAUCGGGUCUUGUUUCCGGAUCACUUGCUGCUAAUGUUUUCCGGUAAGAUUGAAUUGAGCGAGAAUUUGGAGUGUGUUUACUACAAAGUUUCCAGCAAUUCCAGUCAGGCGACCGAGGAGGAUGGAGAGGAGAUUGUUAUACAGCCAGUGAUGUCUGCCGAUGAGUAUGACAAGUUUAGAUGGAUUGCCAGGUGCCCACCUCCGCCUCUAAAUUACUCGGCUGCUGCCGUGAGUUUGCGGCGGCGAGGAGGUGUUGAUGAUUAUGAUUGGCCUCUGAGGAUUAACCAGACGGUUCAUUCAUGGGAGAGGGUGGUUUAUGAAGCUGCCAUAGAUGGAAACAUGGCGGUUUUGUUUGUUAAAGGAUUGAAUCUCCGGCCUCAUAAAGAAUCCGAUCCAACCCAAUUCAGGUGCCAGUUUGGGUUGGGGAGUUGGGAUAAAGAUGAAGGAUUUGCACUCAUGACUGAAGCCGUUUCUGCUGCACAAGAGGUUGUUCGGUGUUCAUUGCCCCGAAGUAUUAGGAAGAAUCCAGAAAAGGCGCAGGGAAUCCGGGUUACCCUUUUGCACGCCGAUAACAGUGACAGAUUUGCCGGCGAUCGUCAGCCGAUGCCCUCAGUGGUUAGAAUUCAGAAAUCCAGAAAGAGGAGGAAUCAGAGGAGGUCCAAGGAUUAUGUGCCCCUGCCUUCUGUAGCUAGGCUACGCAGUUUCAGGUCCUCAAGGCAGAGAAAACAUAGGAAAUACGAGCUCUGCGCUUGCACCAUGCUCUGGAACCAGGCAUCAGCUUUGCGGGAAUGGAUUAUGUACCAUAGCUGGCUUGGAGUUGAACGCUGGUUCAUCUAUGAUAAUAAUAGUGAUGAUGGAAUUCAGGAUGUGAUUGAUGAACUGAAAUUGCAGAAUUACAAUGUUAGCAGGCAUACUUGGCCAUGGAUAAAGACUCAAGAAGCAGGGUUUUCUCACUGUGCUUUGAGAGCCCGAAAGGAGUGCGAGUGGGUUGGAUUCUUUGAUGUUGAUGAGUUUUUCUACUUCCCUCGUCAUCACCGGAAUGGUUUACCAGCUCAAAACUCACUGAGAUCCUUGGUUUCAAAUUUCUCAUCAUCAGGAACAAUUGCAGAGGUAAGAACAGCUUGCCACAGCUUUGGGCCAUCUGGGUUGAGCUCCCCUCCAGCAGAAGGGGUGACUGUUGGUUACACUUGCCGGCUCCAGAGCCCUGAGCGACACAAGUCUAUUGUCCGGCCAGAGUUGCUCAAUGACACCCUUCUAAAUGUGGUGCAUCACUUCCAGCUGAAGGAGGGACUUCGGCACCUGAAUGUGCCUGAAAGUGAUGUUAUAAUAAACCACUACAAGUACCAGGUGUGGGAGACCUUUAGGUCAAAGUUCUUUAGAAGGGUUGCAACCUAUGUUGUUGACUGGCAAGAGAACCAAAAUCAAGGGUCGAAAGAUAGAGCACCUGGGCUUGGAACUGAGGCCGUUGAACCACCCAAUUGGCGACUACAGUUUUGUGAAGUCUGGGACACUGGCCUGAGGGACUUUGUCCUGGCUAACUUUGCUGAUCCUGCAACAGGGGACCUACCCUGGAAAUAGGCUCUCCAGUAACAUCAAAUCAGGGUGCUUCUCAGCUGGUGCCCAUCUAUAACAGGCUAAUCACACAAACAAAAAUUCAUUCUUUUCUUUGUUUUUUGACACAUUUUGUAUCUGAUUCUUUCUACAGAUAGUCCAAUUCCAAUCAAUUGAUUACAGGGUUUUUACACAGUUGUACAUUGGUGAAAAAUGGAAUAACAUUUUUCCUCAUUUUUUUCCUCUCAUUUUGUGCAUAUGCUAUUUGGAUGAUCUAUCUAUGCAAACCCCCUUCUCUUGGUUCUCAAAAUUAUAUUAGCCAGGCCCAGAAUAUGACAACUUUAAGGCUUUAACUAUUUGAAUGCUAAACGAUAACUUCAACUCAGAUAAAUGAGUAAAGAGUAAGUUUCAUUGAAAAGGGUGUAUGGCACAAAAGCAUGCAUUCUUACAUAUUUCAUGAUGCAUGAUUGCUCAGUUGACACCUUCCUGAAAGUUAUGAAAUUGACUGUUAAAUUCACAAGUUUUAAACUGAUUGAACAUGACACAACUGUCCAUGCAAAACCUUGUGUUGUGUCUUAUGGUGUUGUUAUGGAAUUCUUGAUAUCAGAAUCAGAAGAUCAUUAAAGGAAUUAAGGAAACCCCAUGAUGGAACAUGUUAAAGCAUGCUUUGGCACCUGAUUCCUAACAGAAAGGGUAGUCUUAGGAAGUGCCGUUCUAACAUCAUUCAUGAAUAUCUUUCUUCAAUAGACAGCAAGAUACAGACAUCUAAGGCAUGUUCCAGUUAAAACAAGUAAUGUAAAUUAAUUUCCUUUAAAAGC